UAAUUUUGCUUUUGUAGUCAAGGCUGAAAGAAAGGUGUAAUACUAGUAGGAUAGAGGGAGAAGAGAGAGGCUGGACUUUGAGCUUUAGUCAGAAAAAAACCAACCCGGGUUUUCUUUCUUUCUAUCCUGUUUCUUUGCUUCUCUUUUUCCCUCUCUCUUUCUUUCUCUCUCAUAAACCGCCUACAUACCAUGCACUUCUUAAGUUAGCAAAGAGUUAAAGGUACUAUAUGUGUGCUUGAAGCAGCUGCAGCCACCUUUUCCUUUAUUAUUUUUUUCUCACUGCCUUCAGUUAAAGUAGCUAUAGCUAGAUAGGGAAUUCUGCUGUUUUCCAUGGUUAAAGCAGGGUCUUGGAUUUUGCUGUGAUAUAGAGAAGAAUUAAACUCGGACAUGCUCAGUUGUGGACUGUUCCAUAAAAAGGGAGUAGUUGCAACAUUUGAAGGCAUCAUCUGGUUACAUCAAAAGAGAUAGCGCAAACACACACGCGCACAGAAUCGGUCACACGUGUCAGGAUGAGUAAGAUGAGCAACUUGAGUUCUGUAAGCAGUUCUGAUCUGAUAGAUGCCAAGCUUGAAGAGCAUCAGUUGUGUGGAUCCAAGCAGUGCCCCGGUUGCGGACACAAGUUUGAAGGGAAGCCGGACUGGCUAGGCCUACCAGCAGGAGUGAAGUUUGAUCCCACAGACCAAGAACUAAUAGAACAUCUUGAAGCCAAAGUGGAGGCAAAGAACAUGAAAUCACACCCUUUGAUAGAUGAGUUCAUUCCCACUAUUGAAGGAGAAGAUGGAAUUUGUUAUACCCAUCCUGAGAAACUUCCAGGAGUAACAAGAGAUGGAUUGAGCAGGCACUUUUUCCACAGACCCUCAAAGGCUUACACAACUGGGACAAGAAAGAGGAGAAAGAUUCAAAACGAGUGUGACUUGCAAGGUGGAGAAACCAGGUGGCACAAGACUGGUAAGACCAGGCCAGUGAUGGUGAAUGGAAAGCAAAAGGGUUGCAAGAAAAUUCUUGUCCUCUACACCAACUUUGGGAAGAACAGAAAGCCUGAGAAAACCAACUGGGUGAUGCACCAAUACCAUUUGGGGCAGCAUGAGGAAGAGAAAGAGGGGGAACUUGUGGUGUCGAAGAUAUUCUACCAAACACAGCCAAGGCAGUGCAAUUGGUCAGAUAGAAGUGCAACAACUGGUGAAGGAAGUGGAGAACCUAACAACAGUGGUAGAAGGGACAGUGGAAGUGGAAGCUGUUCUUCAAAGGAAAUUGUUACUCACAGAGAUGAGAUGUCUGCUGUUGUUGGUGUUCCUCCAAUCACGAGUUUCACUCAUCAUCACCCCUUGGAUAUUCAACACCUAAAACCCGAUCAUUUUAGCUUCAUCCCUUUCAGGAAAAGCUUUGAUGAGGUUGGAAUAGGAGAGGCUUCCACAGCAAGAGAAGUGGUGCAAGCAUCAGGUUCAUGUGAAGAAGUGCAUGAAAGGCAACGACCACAACAUGUAGCUCAUCAUCAUCAACAACAACAUCAACAGCAUCAGCAUGCUCAUCAUCAGAUUUCAAACUCAGCUUUUCAUAUCAGUAGGCCGUCACAUCCCAUCUCUACAAUUAUCUCCCCGCCUCCCCUCCAUCACACAUCCAUCAUUCUUGAUGACAACUCUUACCAUGUCUCUAGAAUAAUGCUCCAAAAUGAAAAUUUCCAGCAACAGCAGCAACAACAUCAUCAUAAGCUUGGAGGAAGGUCUGCGUCUGGUUUGGAGGAACUCAUCAUGGGUUGCACUUCAACUGAAAUCAAAGAGGAGUCGUCAAUCACAAACCCUCAAGAAGCUGAAUGGUUGAAGUACUCUUCUUAUUGGCCAGAUCCAGACAACCCGGAUCACCAUGGGUAGGAGAGGGAGAGCAAAAACAAAACAAAAAAGUAAGGAAAAAAAAAGAAAAAAAAGAAGAAAAAAAA